GUCACUGUGAGGGUGCUCUUCUCGAAGUGCCCUUCGUAGGGCGCACUUCACUGGUUUGGAAGCGCUGUGGGUUUCUGAAUUCAGAGAAGCUCACAUUGCCUAAAUACAGAGGAUAUCAGCAUUAAACACACAUAUUCAAAACCUGACCAGAUGAAACAUAUUCAGCAAGUUGGUACCUCUCUGUAUUUCACUUAGUAAGAAACUUCUGGAAGUAGCAUCCCGUCGGUUAGAGCAGUUCUCUGGGUUAAACCAUUACCACACAGGAGACAUCACUCAUGUUUACUAGCACUUUACUGCACUGCAUGUUAACUUGGGCCGGGGAGGCGCGAGACUUUAUGGAACAAUCCAGAGAAGCUAACUCUGAAACAAUGGAGCUGGUUCUUGUCACUCAUGUCGUCGAUGCCAUCACAUUCUGGGCUCAGAAUGUGACUGAGGACAAGGCCUGUGAGAAGAUGGAUACAGUCCUCGCAGAACAGUGCCCUAAUGCACAGAGAGUGAAAGGGAAGCCAAGUCCCCACAAGGUUUAUGGUGCCUGCUACUCAGGAGACAGAUGCUGGUACAGGUGCAAAGUGCAGAAGCAGAUAGAUGACACAUUUCACGUUGCUUAUAUUGAUUAUGGGAAUGAGGAGGUGGUAGGGAGGUCAGAUCUAGUUGAACUGCCAGAGGACUUGCAGUCAGCCGCACUUGCCAAAAGAUACAAGUUCUGGGGCUUUCACUUGGCAAGUGAACAGGAUUCACCACAUUACUCCCAGGGGAAGUCCUUUCUUCAGAAUCUGAUAUAUGGAAAGAAGUUGCGCAUUAACAUGAAGUCCGAGUGCUUUGAUGGAACGAUCCUGGUUAAGGCAUUUCAGGGCAAUCUGGACAUUGGUGAAGAAGUGUUAAAGUUUAAAUUCGCAACAGUGACUCUUCCAGGCAACAGAGAGAGUCAGUCUCCCGCUAAAGCUCUCCAGAAGCAGACCGGACUGUGGUCUUCCAGGAGACUUCAGGGAGACUGUGAUAGCACAGGCUCUUCAGGAUAUAUGCCCAAGUUACGCCCCGUUUUCAAAAAGCCUCAAGUCUUAAAAGAGCAAAGCACCAACAAAACUGUAACAGCUGCCACUGUGCCAGAAGUAAUGGCUGCCAAUGUGCCAGAAGCAGAGAGGGAGCUGAUAAACGAGAGCCAGCAGCCUAAUGCAGAGAUGGUCAUCCAACAGCUGUGUAGUCAGGUCACUGAGCAAAUGCCGAGUGAAGCCAAAUCAGAGCUGCAGAGGGCAAGAGAAGAGGUGGAAGAGAAAAUGAAGGAGUUAAACAAACUUGAGAAGGAGAAGAGUGACCUCCAGAAUCAUGCAGAUCAUCUACAGCAGCAGCUGAAGGAAGCCAGAUUGGAGCUGCAGAAAGCGAGUGAGGUGUGUCCAGGAAAAGACGAGUGCGUGGAAGUCAACAUGGAAUCAAGAGUAUGUGAGAGGUUCUCUCAACUGGCUGAGAAAGUGGAAGCGGUGAGAAGAAACAGGGAAAGUAAUAAGUGCACUACUGCAGAGGAAUGUCUGUCUGAAUCCAUACCAGUGGUGGUCAACAACAGAAUUGUCAUGCCUCUUACAUCAGAAACACUCGAGAUGGCAUGGGACGACUACAGACAGGCCUUAAAGCAGCUUAAAGAGUGUCAAAGUAAGGGGGAGUUGGAGGACCUGGUGAACAGCAGGAAUCGGGCUCGCAGUGUUCUCCUAACUGCCAUAGAUGACUUCCUUCUGGUGGUGGGCAAUCUGCCAAUUACUGAUCGCUUGAACACCCUAAAGGAUGUCAGCUCAUCACUGAUGGCUGUGUUUGGUUCAGUCUCAACAGAUGAUGUUCAGGAUCAGUUUUUAGAACAAUUCUGUGAGUGGAGAACUCAAAAGCAUCAUAACUUCAGAAAUGUGCGUCAGGCGACAGAUAAGGCCCUCUGUGCUCUCAGUGACUGGGCAGCCAACACCAGCAAGUUUUUCUGCUUGACAGAGAAGACUGCUGUGACCCUGGAAGCUGUUGGUGCAGGAGUGGAUGAGCUUCUGAAGCAGGCGGAGUCUGAUGUGUGUGAGGAGCUGAACAGUAAAUUCUUUGAUCAAAAUCCCGAGGACAUGAAAAUAAUGUCUACUGCAUGCCGUAUAGUGAUGCAGCGUAUCCAAAAAGAGGAGCAUCUACUUCGUGGCCUCAGAGAGAUGUAUGAAGAUAACAAAAAGUUUAAGGAGGACAUGGUGCAAUGGCAGAACAGCUCACCUAAAGCAGAUGAGCUCUUACACAUAAAGAAACGCAUCAAGAGCCUGCGUUCACAGUUGCGUUGGAAACUGGUAGAGGUGGGCUGCCUGGAAGAGGCUGAUGACCUGGAUCUGCCUGAGAUUCUUAGGAAAAAGGAAGAGAUUGCUGAAACAAGGAAUGCUCUCUUUCAGCAAAUUAGGCAAGAGAAAGAGCAAUAUGUAAAACUCUGUGAGCUGGUUAAAGGAAACUUUCCUGAGCUUCUGCUGCUGUAUCCUGAGGCAGACAUCAGCAGUUACCUGCUCUCUGAGGGGCUGUUAAUGAAGAGUUUGGAUCGAGACAUAUUUGAUGCUGAGCCAAUGAGAGAGCUGAGUGGGCGCAGACCACUAGUGUGUACCGAGUUCCAGUGCCAGAAGGUGGUGCUCAAGGGCUACUCUGUGGAUGAAGAGUCAGAAGUGAGGAUGAUUAAGCAGGCCGCGCAAUAUCACAAAGCUCAGAAUCAGCAUCCCUCCACUGCCAUGCCUCUGCUGGGCCUGUUCUUCGGCAAGUCGGAUCCUCUGGCCUACAUCAUGGUGCCUUACUACUCGAAUGGGAGUCUGAAAGCUUUGCAGAAACUCAGCCCACUGACACCUUCUGAGAUUAGGAGGGGGAUGAGAGGAGUACUUCUUGGGCUACGGAGUCUGCAUGAAUCCUGCAUUACACAUGCCUCUCUGAAUGCCAGCAACGUGUUUGUUCUCAACCGAGAGCAAGGCAUCGUAGGGGAUUUUGAUUUCACAAAGACACCAGAGCAGAGGGCUGUGGACUGUGGCAUGGUGGCUGGCUCUAUCAGUCUGGUGGCUCCAGAGCUAAGACAGAGUGAGCCACCCUCUCCAGCCACGGACAUGUACGCUUUCGGAGGCCUCAUGCUCUGGCUUCAUGCUCCUGACUGCACUGGAGAUGUGGACAAUGAGCAUGGCCCAGGGUUGUCUGGAUUACAGCUGGGUGUCAAAGUCCAAACUCUCCUCUCAAAGCUGCUGGUCUGUUCUGGAAGACUGUCAGCUGCUGAAGCACUGUGUGAUGAUUACUUCCUCUCACUUGAAAACUGAAAAAAAAGAAGAAGAAGAAGAAUAUAAAAUUGUGUUCAUUUUUGUUGCACUGAUUGUUAUAGUUUUAAUUAUUUGUUUUUUGUUAAAAAAGAGAAAUAAUCAAGAAGGAUACUUUUGAAGUUUUGUUUAAACAAAUAAAAUAUACCUAAUAAUGUUGAUGAUGUGCUGAACAACUUACAACAUGGCACCUUUUGUUUGAACCCACCCUUUUUUUCAAGUGAUCAGAAAUAUGUAACUGACAUGUGUUUCUUGUUGCCACCCAGGUGUGCCCUGUUACACUGAUUGUUUAAACAAUUAAUAGCUCUGAAUGUCUACUCUUGGUUUGAGCUCUGGGUUUCACCUGUGAAGACUCAAUUUGUUAAAAAAGAUAAACCAACAUGAAGACCAGAGAGCUGUCUAUGGGAGAAAAGCAAGCCAUUCUGAAGCUGAGAAAAGAGGGAAAAUCAGAGCCAUUGCAUAAGAACUGGGCAUAGCCAAUACAACAAUUUGGAAUGUACUGAAUAAGAAAGAAACCACUGGUGUGCUAACAAUCAGACACUGAACAGGUCAGCCAAGGAAAACAACAGCAGUUUGAUGACAGACUGUAAGAGCUGUGAAGAAAAACCCAAAAACAGCAGUCAGUGACAUCACCAACAACCUCCACAGGGCAGGGGUGAAGGUAUCACAAUCCACCGUUUGAAGGAGACCUCAAGAGCAGAAAUAUAGAAACCAUACCACAAGAUGCAAACCACUCAUCAGCAGUAAGAUGAGUAAAUGAGUAGUAAAUUUAUUUAUUUUUGUGGGUCUCCCCAAAUCGUUGACGGUGUCUCGUAUUUCAGACGCAUGACUGAGUACAUAAACAAUAACCGCUUUAUUAAAAUGCAGUUACUGGACGUCGUUUCAUUAUCCAGAGGUAAAGAAGUAAUGUCUCAAAGAUGCCUUCAGCAAGAGCAAGAGCCUUUUAAAACAUUUUUCAGUCCUACUGGCUUAUGUGCAUAAAGCAUGGUUGACAUUACCAUUUGUUAUACUAUAAUAUAACGUAUACAUGGAUGCUCUUGAAUAAAAGGACACUUGAUUACACAAGCUUGAUUCGAGGGUGAAUGAAUGACUAUGGGGCAUAUUAACUUCUAACAUUUCACUUCUCUUUUUUCUGGUUAAAUACUGAAAAAAGUAUAUGUUUUAUUCAUAAAACAAAGACCACAAAU